AUGGCGUCUUCAGAUCCAGCAUCUGUGGUAUCUGCGAAGAAGAAACUCGAAGAGUUGCAGAAGAAACGCGCGCAGCAGCUUUCUAGUUUCCCUGCUCCGCAAAGAAGUUACCUUAGUCCGAACGGCCCCGUGAAUCCAGGCCAUACUGCCAUGGUUAGUCCAAUGGACAGUAUUAUGUCCACCAGCCAGCGUCGCAAAGUUCAACUCCAGCCAGGACACUCGCCUCUGGACUGGGAGUCGCGAAAGCAAACCACAAACAUGAAGGGACCGAUUGAUCCUCGAGAUUUUCCUCUAAGAGUUACCAAAGACGAGCUCUCCAAGCACAAAUCCAAAUACGACUUCUGGAUAUCGCUCAACAACAAAGUUUACAAUCUGACUCCGUAUCUAGACUUCCAUCCGGGAGGAGUUGAGGUUUUGAUGAAGUGCGCAGGAAAAGAUGGAACCUUUUUAUUUAACAAAUAUCACCGAUGGGUCAACUACGAAAGGAUCCUAGACGCCUGUUUCAUUGGCUUCAUGGUUUAA